AUGACCGACACACCAGAAGUCUUGACACCAACGCGGAUGGCAACGCGAAACACUAGCCGAGUUAACUAUAUGGAAAUGUCCCAGGGUGGCAGGUUUUGAGUUGAAAACUUUCAAUUAAAUAAUUUUUCAAUUUUUCAGUGAUGAUGCAUUUGCGAACAACGAUGAUGCUGUUUUCCGUUCACCUGCGGCUGGAACCAGAGGCCGAAAACGUCGUGUCGCUCAUGAUGUCAGCGAUUUGACACUGAGUUUCAGCAACAUGGCUCAAUCGGUUACUGGAUUUUCAUUUUAUGAAUAUUGAUUUAUUAUUAAAGCCUUCAAAAAGAGGUCGCCCACGUCAAAGUAUGACUGGAAUAGCAAGGCCAAAGACAACACGCGACGAGGCGCAAGAAGCGAAAGAUAGCACUUUGUACGCCGCUGUCAAGUCGGGGAAGGCGAUUCCAGUAAGUGAAGAUAUUUAUAAAUGUUUAUAAGUUGGUUUUCUUUAGGAUGUCGUGGAAAACUGGAUCGAGCGCUACGAGGAAAACUACCAACUUGCAAUAAACGAACUUCAUCAGUUUUUCAUUGCAAUUUGUGGCUGCCGUGGCGUUUUGACUCCACAAAUGUCGGCAACUAUGGAUUACGCGUUGGUUUCUGGCAAGAAUUCGAAAAUAAAAUCUUUUUCAGUGAUAUUAUUCGCCGAAUGACGGAAGAUUUCGACGAAGAAUCUGGCGAUUAUCCGCUGGUUCAAAGUGGACCGACUUUCAAAAAAUUCCGUCAGAAUUUGCACACAAUGAUCCAUGUGAGCAAAAUAAGAAUAUUUUAUCUUAGGCCUUAUUUAUGGAGGUUUACCGUCCUUCCAGGAUUUUUUUCUGAAGAAAAUAUUUUUAUUUUUUUAUGACAUUUCCGGCUUUUUUUGUUUUAAUUUUUAAAAAAAUGUAAAAAAACUCAUAAUUUAAAAACAGUUUUUUUAUCAGGUUAUCACCCAUUUCCAGUAUGUCACUGGAAAUCCGAAUUUCAUUUUUUUAGAGUUUCAAGGAGUUUUUUUGUUCUCAAAUGGUAAUCAGAAAAUCGUCCUGAAAAAUCUAUAUGUUUCAGAACGGAUUUCUUAGAGAAAGACAUUUUCAAAAGUUAUAUUCUUUCUUAAAUUUCAGAAAAUUAGUUUUUUUUUAAAUUUCAGACCCUAAUCGAUAAGUGUAAAUCUUCUCUGAUGUUCGACAAUCGGCUGAUGGAUGGAAUUAUCCAGUUAUUGACUGGAUUGGCCGAUAGCCAAGUUCGCGCUUUCCGUCACACCGCUACCUAUGCUGGUUGCAUUGCGACCAAACUUUGAAGAAAUAAUUCAUUCUUUUAAGCCAUGAAAAUAUCCUCGGCCUUGGUGGACGUUGUCAUCGACCUGACGUCAGUGAAAGAGAAAAAUUCGAAGCAAAUUGAGACGGAACGAGUUCGAGUCAAGCAAAAUGCGACGAAUAAUGAGAAAUUGGACGCUUUGUUGCUUAAGAAAAGCGAGGUUUCAAAUAUUUUUAUGUUCAUUAUUACUUUGUUUUUCCAGAUUGAAGAGAAAACAGACGAAGUGCGACAAAUGCUCCAGUACCUGUUCAAGAGUGUUUUCGUUCACAGAUAUAGGUUUCGAAAUUUUUUCACAUUUGGUUAUAUUAUAAUAGUUUUGAAAAAGUGAUUUGAAAUCGACCGAAAGGGCUCCGAAAUUGAAAAAGUAACUGUUUUUCAGAAGCUAUCCAGGUUGUUGAAUGUUUUUUUUUAUGAAAACAAGAAAAUGACAGGUUUUUUUCAAUAUAAAAACUGAAUAUUGAAUUUAGUCCUCCUAUUUUCUUUUCGUCUUCAGAAAAGGAAAAUUCUGACCUGACUAGUGCUGUCAUGAGGAAAAGUUGUAGGGGCAUUUUCAAAGUGAUACACAUCGAGUAUAUCUCAAAAGUUGAAAAAAUCAUUUAGGGACGGUCUGCCCGAUAUCCGGUCGAUUUGCAUCAGUGAACUCGGAAAUUGGAUGCAAGUUUAUCCGGAGCAUUUUCUCGAAGAUUCCUACUUGAAGUAUAUAGGGUGGACGCUUUAUGAUAAAGUUUGAUGUUUCCAAAACAUUUUCAAAAAUAUUUCUUUUCCCAGUUUGCGGACGUUCGAUUAAAAUGCAUCCGAUCCCUGAUGCCGCUGUACAAAAAGGCCGUGGCUCUGGCAAAACUCGAGCUUUUCACCAAUAAAUUCAAGGUGAACAAGUUUAUACUGAAUAAAAAAUUAAACAGAUAAUAAAUCAACAAAAUGAUUUCUUCAGGAACGCCUGGUCUCUAUGGUCUUGGAUAAGGACCAAGAAGUGGCUGUGGAAUCUUGCAAUCUGAUGACCUUGAUUUACACGUAAUUAACAGUAUUUUUGUCAAAAAAUCAUUGAUUUUUUUCAGCGUUUUCCCUACUCUUUUGACGGUCCAAGAUUGUGUUCCAAUUUAUGAACUCGUCUAUUGUAAUCACCGGACUUUGGCUGUUGCGGCCGGGGAGUUCUUGAACACCAAGGUCAAUAUCCAGAAAACGGCCACAAUUUUUAAACUAAAUUUUUAGGUCUUCCAAAACGCCAAAAAGGGGGGAAAAACGGCUGACGCCAAUAAUGCAGCUCUGAUCAAAGAUCUCAUCCAGUUCUACAUCGAGGGAGAGGUCGGUUAUGAAUCUUAUCCGAGUUUUUUAGAUGAAAAUGAAGCUUUUCAUGAAUAAAAAUUUUUUUUUGAUGUCCUAAUGAGCUUGAUUAAGAUUUUCCUUCGUUUGAGCCAUAAGUUAGAUGUGACAAUUUUUGAAAGUUUGAUAAGCCGUUUUCGAAGAUAAUUCAGGAGUUUUUCGGAAAGUGAGAUGGUAACAACUUAUCAAACUAUCAUUUUGUGUUUUUUUUUUUUUUUUUGCCGGAUUAUCAAGACUUACUAUUAUUUUCAGUGUCACGACCAUGCAACGUAUAUUGUCGAUGCUCUUAUCGAUACUAAUUACAUCAUCAAGGACUGGGCUACGAUGAUUGAUUUGUUGUUGGGAAAAACAUGUGAUUUUCAUAAUAAAUUUAACAAAAUUUUUUCUUCAUUUAGUGAGCGACAAGGCAGAGCUGAAUCUCAUCGAGAUUUUGGCUUGUUCCGUCAAACAGUCGGCCACUGGGGAGUCGCCAGUUGGAAGGUUUUGAUCCAAAAAAAAGCUUUUCAUAAAUAAUUAGAGCUUCUAAAAUCGUAGAAAAAACUUUUGAAAAUUUUUUGAAUACCGCUUUACACCGGUGAAAAAAAAAAUGAAAAAAACUUUUUCCUUAAUGACACUUCGAUAAGUAGUUCCUUUUUCUUCUUCAUUUUUAUUUUUCACCUAGUCGAUUUUGAGAAAAAUCUAAAAAUUAUUCCUUAAGGUCUGUGGCCAAACGUGGAGCGCCGGCCCUCAAAGAAACUCGUGAACAAACUGACGAUCGUGUAAGAUUAUCCGAAAUUCUGAUCCCAGCUCUUCCUGCCUUGCUGAGAAAGGUCUUUACUUUUUCAUUUCCCUUUUUCCAUCAAUUCUUCUCGUUUUAGUUUGUGGCUGACCGCGAGAAAGUGAUCAAUUUGGUGACGAUUCCAGUUUAUUUUCAUCUGGAUAUGUAUCUUGUCGCUCGGAUGCAAAAUGUGAGAUCCACGGCUUUAUUCUCAGAAGAGAAAAACAAAAAUUCAGAACCUCGUGGAUUUAUUGCAACUCUUGGAGGUCAUUGUCGAAAAGCAUGUGGAUGAUGAUGUAAGCUUGAAAAAUAAAAUAGGAACAUAUGAAGUUCGAAAUAUUUUCAGCUUUUGAAUGGAGUCGCUGAAGUCUACUACACUUUAUCCAUGCAUCAGACUGUGGCGGCGCAAACUGAAGCCGCGAAAAUGAAGGUAAAUGAUUUGGAGCGUCUCGAAAUGGUGAAUAAAUGCUCAGACAUGAUAUUUUUAUUUUUUUUAUUAACAGCCGAGGAAAUUUUCACUAGAGAGAUGCAAUUAUCAAAAUCAAGCUAAAUUGGUUGAGUAUUAAAAUAAUUUUGACGGAGUUAAAUCUUUGAAGACUCCCAAAUUUAAAAAAAAAACAUAAAUAUCUGGAGAAAUUGAAUUCUUGAGAGACAAAGAGAUUCGAAGUUUUUUUUUAUGAAACCUUUGUUCAACUGAGAAACGAAGCAUGUUCUAAAACUCGAAAGAGUAUUUGUCGGAGCGCCAAAUUCGCUCGAAGUUCUUUUUUUUAAAAUUGUGUUUCAAUUUAAAACAAGUUUUCGAUGAAAACGUUUUUUCAAAACUUUCUCACUGUUUUUCUCUUUUCUAGAUGAUCGAUGGAAUUGCCCUGCAAUUUCAAAGGUCGGCGACACGUCUUCUGAACAAUAACACUAUGGACGACGAAGAUGAAACGAAUCUUCUCUGUAGUAUCCGCAGAAUCAAGGCUUUCUCCCGGUUUUUGAACAAUUUUCGCGUAAUAUUGGACCUAUUUUCGUUCUCAGGUACAUGGACCUUCGAAAAUGGGACCUUUGGGACUUGGCUCUGAAGAUUGUCGUCAACUAUGACAAAAACGAGACGGCGACCGACGUGACGGAGGCCGCGAUUCUGAUUCUUUUCAUGCAGUUGAACUUUGAUCUUUAUCGGCUCGUCAAGGAGGGCGAAUCUGGAAAAGGAGUGAGUCCAUCGAAAAAUUAGUCCUUUUAUGUACUGUUUGAAUAGACUCGAGGGCAGCAAAAUUGAAAGAAAGAGGGGCUGAAGUCUUUUUUCAUACUCCAUUUUGUUCAAAUUCAUAUAUUUUGUUCAAAUUCGAUACGAAAAUGUUAUAAAAAAGCGCCUUUUGUUUAUAAUUCACCUUAUUCAACUUCAUCAAAAUCUACUUCAACCUGUUUUGAAUGAAUUCGCACUCCAAGUCCUGGUGUUUCUCAUCGACUUCUUCAGGACAACGUGAAGAAAUUGCGUAAAAGACGAGAUCAACUCCUCCGAAACCUUGAGAAUACCAUUCAGUACCGAGCAUCCGGUGUUGAACAGGUAACUUUGAAGCUUGAAUUUUUUUAAAUUUCAAACUAAUACUUUUCGUGCUACUUUGAAAAUAUCUAUUGCUUUUGAGAAUUUUCCAGCUUCGAAGAUGAGAAGCAAAGAAAAAAGACAAUUUCAGGCGUUCCUCGCACUCUGCGACUCCUUCAUUCUCUUUGGUCCUCAAUUAGAAACUCACAGCCAAAAAGUCAACCUUGAAUCUUUGAUUGUUCGGCCAGAAGACGUACUUGCAUCAUGCCGUUAUCAUUUUGAGAAUUCUCGAAUUCAGAACAUCAUCAAAGAAAUUCACAUGUUCCUCAAGCUCAACGCGUUCAGCGACGACUCCACCACCACGGCCAAAUUGAGCCAGCAGCAGCAAAUCGAGCUCAUGCACAAGGUAACAUGGCUCUAAAAUAAAGUUAUUCAACUUCUAUUUUGAAGUAUUUUAGCAAAAUUUUCAAAUUCAAAGUUAUGGAUCCAAGCAAGAAAGAUGUUUUGAGGAUUCAAUGGAUUUUAAAAAAAAGAGCCAAUGGCUGUGACUUUUUUCAGAAAACCAUUUUCUAUUUCGUUUUCGUGAAUAUUCGUAACCCCUGAAAGUUAAGAAACGAAAACUGGUCACUCAGUUCUGCAAAUUGAUAAUCCACGGCGUUCUCCCGAUCAAAGAAUCAACGGCAGUUUUGCAAUAUUACGUCUCGGUUUGAAAAACUCAUAUUUCUGUUAAAUUAGGAUUUUUCAUGUUCAGAACUACACCGACUUCGGAGACAUUUUCAAGAAUUUGCUCUUCAAAUGUCGCGAUUUGGAUUUCAAGGAGACCGGGCUGGCCGUAGCAAAGACUUUGCGUUGCGUUUUUGAGAACUUGCUGGUAAUUUGAUAUUAUUGAAAAGCUUAAAAUGUUUAUUAAGGCCGAGUUCAAUGGUACCGUUGAUCCGCUAUCAGAAACAUUCAUAGAUUUGCGUGACUUGGCCAAAAGGUGGGUUUUCAGUGAAAAAAAAAAUUCUGAAAUGAGAAAUUGUUCAAGAUUCGCAAGCUCGUUCGGAAACGACUACCGGAAGAAUCGAUACGGAGUGGCCAUGAUGCACAAGGAGAGCAUCGAUUUCGCCUUCGAGAAUUAUGAUCCAGAGUCAAAUAAACCUCCGCCAAACUUACUUUUCCUCGAGGUCGCCAUGGAGUUCAGCUCGAAACUCAUCGCCCAGGACAAAAAUGCCAUGUAAGCGUUAUUCGAAAGAACAUUUUCAUAUGAACUUUCAAAGAGUUGACUAUCUGGAAAAGAAGUCCACGCUGCCAAUUCAAGCAAGCACCAAAGAUACUGAAUGGGACGCCUACAAUUUGUACAAGAACUCUCUAAAGGUAGCUCUUGCCUAAUUAAAUCUAAAUUUGAAGAUUUUAAUCUCAGGAGAAAGAUGCGAUGGAUGACACUUCGUCGGUGCGAAGCUUUUCGACGGUCACUUCAUUCCGAAGCACAGCGAGUCGAGGACGCGGACGUGGCCGUGGAUCCCAUAGAGCUGUUCCAUUCUUUUGA